CACUACUCGUCCAGGUCAGAUAAAGAAGGGAGCAGAAUGGAGACAAAAAUUUCUAUCCGCUCACCGACAUAGAUCACAAUUGGCCACCCAACAAUUAUAUGACGCAAUUGAAGAACGGAUACAAACGUUGCGAACACGUUUGAACGCCAUGCUUCAAAACAAAUUGAAGUCUUUUUUCGACAUGGCUCCGACGACACCCAACGAAUAAAGAAACAACAUCAAUCUUGUAUUCGUCGUCGUCGGAGCUUUGCUUUUAUUUAUACAAAAAUCACUGCUUCAUCGCCAUUUGUCGAAGUUCAAUUGAAUUUAACACCGCCUCAGAUGCUUAUGUUUACGAAAGGCCUUCAAUAUGUCAUACCAUGUCAGAGUCGAUUUCUACGUCGAACAAAUGAACAAAUUAUUCAGAAACAAUAUGAAAUGUUGUUCGAUACUGUUACCAAUUGUCUACAAGAUAGUUGUAUGUCUGCUUCGAAUAAACAUGCACAAGAAGCUUUUUCUGAAUUGAAAACGAUUGUUCAUGAAUUACAUGUCAAAAAAUUAUCUGGCCAUUUAAAUAUUCGUGCACGAUACGAACAUGCUUUAGUGAAAAAUAUUCGACGUUUAAUUGAUAAACAACCUCACGCCAUUGUGCGUCGCACAGAUAAAAGUAAAGUCUUCUACAUCGGAAAACGGACGAUUUUCUACACAAAACAGCAGCAUAUAUGA